GGGGAUGGCGACUUGAUGGGCAAGCGGGUCCCGGCCUACGGCUCCUCAGAGGAGAGCGAGAUCAACAUCACCAGCGACGAGGAGAAGCAGGGGCCCGGGCAAGCCCCCAGCAAGCCGGAGAACGCCCACGCCCUGGCAGUGCUCAGGCCGCCCUGGGCAGCAGCACCCCUACCGGGCAGCGUCUGCUACAUCUGCGGCAGCCCCUUGUCCCCUGGGGGCCAGCACCAGAUCCACGUGCAGAAACAGGAAAAGACGUCCAAGGCCCCUUUCUUCCCUUUCCUGUGGCUGCACAGUCCACCCCUGGGGGCCCUGCCCAUCAGCCCCUUGGGCAGCACCCUGGUCUGCUCCUGCUGCUUCACCUCCCUCAUGCAGCAGUGGCAGAGCUUCGAGGUGGCCAGCGUGCCGGUCCUGCAGAGGCUCUAUGUGGUGCCGCUGGAUGCCAGUGCAAUGGGCAUGCCCCCCAAAGGGAGGAGGGCCCAGAAAGAGGAGGGUGCCCCUGCCCUGCUGCAGGAAGCCUGCUACCUCUGUGGGGAGGAUUGUAGCAAGGAGGCCAGGCCGGUCUCUGCUAAGAUCACCAAUGGCAAUGCUAAAAACACCAUGCACUUCCCCUUUCUCAGCCACCUGCCUUGCCCUCCCAGCUCCAAGGGGCUGAACAAGCAUGGGGAGGUGCACAGCUGCAGGAAGUGCUAUGGGGUGCUGCAGGACCUGUGGGCCAUGUACCGGGCAUGCCGCAACGAGGAGCUCAUCACCUCGGUGCAGAGCUUCCUGGGGAGGUAUCACCAGGUCUUCUCCACCGGGGAUCCCAGCAGCACUGGCAUGCACCCUUCGGCCACGUCAGGCCCUGCCUCUGUCUGUUACAUCUGCGGAGCUGAGCUGGGAGCAGGCAAAGAGUUCCAGCUCAACAUCAACCCGCCAGGGCGCUUUGGGGAGAAGGAGCCUUUCUUCCCCUUCCUCACCGUCUACCCCCCAGCCCCCAGGGCCAGGCCUGCAGAUUCCACGGGGUUAGUGGCUACCUGUGUGCUCUGCUACCAUGACCUCCUCGGCCAAUGGCUGCAGCACGAAAGCAGGAAUUCCCACCAUCCCAGCAGCGCCUGGUCCAGGCAGUACAAAGUGGAGACCUUCGUGUGCUUCUUCUGUCGGCAGGAGAAGAAGCGAUGCCUUGGAUUAAAAGCAGUGCAGGUUGCCCGGCUCCCUGUGUUUCUGUACACUCUCCGUAUGGCCAACAGCCUACUGGUGGAUGAUGGUAAACAACUGACCAUUGGAGCAUGUGCAGAAUGUGGGGCAGUGGUCCUUGCUGGCAAAAGCAUGACACCUCCAGACUUUCUGGCUGUGACACCCCCAGCCAGUCUCCCAAAGGCGUUGUCCUCUUCUCUGGAGACACCUGCUGUGAAGCCUUCCGCCAGCGAGCCCAGACAGCGACUGGUGGGCGCUGGGGAGAGCCCAGGUGCAAGGAACGGAGCUGCCCAGGAGAUUGGCUCUGACCGUGGCCAGCAGAGCGUGGAUGUGGAAGGCGCAGACCUGGGAGCUACAAGCAUGAGCCAUGAGCCAAAGUCACCUUCACUAGGAAUGCUCUCCACUGCGACCCGGACCACGGCCACCGUCAGCCCCCUGACCCCUUCUCCUCUCAAUGGCUCCCUUGUGCCCAAUGGCAGCUCGGCGGCCAACACCUCCUUGUCAGUCCAGUCAGCGCCUUCCUCCAGCUUCGCUGCCGCCCUGCGCAAACUGGCCAAACAGGCAGAGGAACCCAGAGGGUCUUCGAUAAGCAGCGAGUCUUCCCCCGUCUCCUCGCCAGCCACCAACCACAGCUCCCCUGCCAGCACGCCCAAGCGAGGACCCAUGGGCCCCAUCAUCGUCCCCCCUGGGGGGCACAGUGUGCCUAGCACGCCCCCGGUAGUGACCAUUGCCCCGACGAAAACAGUGAACGGGGUCUGGAGAAGCGAAGGCAGACAGCAAGAAGCGGGAUCGAGAGGCAGCAGCAGCAGUAGCCGGGAGCGCCUAAUCGCUGAGCCUCAGCUCCCACAGGAGAAAGCCGGGGGCCCCGCUGUCCCUUCUCAUCUCCUCGGGACGCCUUACUCCUUCGGGAUUCCCCCCACCUCCGUCGUCCAGGAUUCCCGCUUCCCAUCUUUAAACAGCCUUCAGCGGCCUGUACACCAUGUGGUGCCUCCCAGCGCGGUCACUGAAGAUUACCUGCGGAGCUUCCGGCCCUACCACACCGCCGAGGAACUCCGUAUGUCCUCCCUGCCGCCCAUCAGCCUGGAUCCGGCCACCGCCGCCGCUUACUACCACCCCGGCUACCUGGCCCACCACCCCUUCCCUCACCCAGCCUUCAGGAUGGAUGACUCCUACUGCCUUUCGGCCCUGCGGUCCCCCUUCUACCCGAUCCCAACCCCUGGUUCGCUCCCACCUCUUCAUCCUUCAGCCAUGCACCUCCAUCUGUCGGGAGUGAGGUACCCCACCGAGCUGCCGCACUCGUCGCUCUCUGCCCUUCAGUCUGAGCGGAUGUCCAGUCUGACCGCAGAGAGGCUGCAGAUGGACGAGGAGCUGAGGCAGCGCGAGAGGGAACGCGAGAGGGAGCGUGAGAAGGAGCGGGAGCGGGAAGCCGAGCGGGAGAAGGAGCGGGAGCGGGAGAGAGAGCGGGAGAAGGAGCUCGAGCGGGAGAAGGAGAGGGAGCGGGAGAGAGAGCUGGAGAGACAACGAGAAAGGGCCCGGGAGAAGGAGAUAAACCUGGCCAAAGCCAUGGAGAGCCCAUUUCUGCCAGUGGCAGAGCUGCACGGGCUGAGGAGCCAUCCAGCAGAGGAGCGUGUUAAACCAGCCGAGCAGCUGACGCCAAACAGACCAGAGAAAACCAAGGAUGCGACCAUCCCAACUCCUAAGCCCGUCCAGCACCCCUUGCACCAGCCACCCGCCUCGCACCAUCCCGUGCCCAGCCUCAUUUCCAGCCACAGCGUCUUCCCCCUCCCUGGGAGCAGUGCGGCCACGGCUCUUCUCAUCCAGCGCACCAAUGAGGAGGAGAAGUGGCUGGCGCGCCAGCGUCGGCUGCGGCAGGAGAAGGAAGACCGCCAGUCCCAGGUAUCGGAGUUCCGGCAGCAAGUGCUGGAGCAGCACCUGGAGAUCGGGCGGCCGCCGAACCAGCCGGAAGCUGAGCACCGGCCAGAGAACCCCAGAUCAGGACCAAACCGCCAUGAGCCAAGUGGCCGAGACCAACCACAGCACUUUGGAGGGCCCCCUCCACUCAUCUCUCCCAAACCUCAGCAUCAUCCAGUGCCCACCUCGCUCUGGAACCCAGUGUCCUUGCUGGAGAACAACAUGGAACCGCGCAGGAUCCAGGAGAAUCACUCUCUCCAUGCCGCCCACCCUGCCCAGUAUGAACCCAGCCGACAAGCCAUCCCCUUGGUAAAGGUGGAACGAGUGUAUUGCCCCGAGAAGCUGGAUGAAGGGGCCAGGAAGAGAGAGACACUGGACAAAUACGAGCCUGCCAGGGAGCCUGGGGCGUCGGAACAUGGUGGGUUCUCCCAUGGGCCCUUCCUGGCAGAACUGGAAAAGUCCACACAGACCAUCCUUAACCAACAGAGGGCAUCGCUCUCCCAGACGGGGCAGUUUGCUGAGGCCAAGCCUAGCUCACCGUACCGGCACCCGCUGCCCAGGGCCCAUGACCCCAUGUACGUUUAUGAUGAGUUCCUGCAGCAACACCGUAAACUAGUCAGCAAACUGGACCUGGAGGAGCGGAGGCGGAGAGAAGCCAGGGAGAAAGGCUACUACUAUGACCUGGAUGACUCCUACGAUGAGAGUGAUGAGGAGGAAGUGAGAGCCCAUCUCCGGUGCGUUGCCGAGCAGCCCCCGCUGAAGCUGGAUACUUCCUCGGAGAAAUUGGAGUUCCUGCAGCUUUUCGGCCUGACCACCCAGCAGCAGAAGGAGGAGCUGCUGACUCAGAAGAGGAGGAAGAGGCGGAGGAUGCUGAGGGAGAGGAGUCCAUCCCCUCCCACGGUCCAGAACAAACGUCGGACGCCCUCACCGUGGCUCCCACUCUCCACACGCUACAGCCCUGACGAAAUGAACAACAGCCCCAACUUCGAGGAGAAGAAGAGGUUCCUGACCAUCUUCAACCUGACUCACAUCAGCGCAGAGAAAAGGAAAGAUAAAGAGAAACUGGUGGAAAUGCUCUAUGCCAUGAAGCAGAAAAGUGCGACGGCAGCAGUGGUGGUGAAAAGCUCCCCGCGGGACAGUCCCAGUCUCACCCCAGCUGAACUCCAGGUGCAGCAAUUUCCUGUGGAUUCAGAUAAACCUGUUGGUAUCACCGCCUCCUUGCCAGACACUCAAAAGACAUCAGAGCCCAGCAGAUUAGAACAGCUGAGACCCCACGAGCUCCAGAGGGCCAAGGAACCAGCUCCGGUCUCUGCUGAGAAGCCUAGGCUGAACGAUGGGCACACCGGGAAGAAGAGCCUGAGCAUUUUCAAUUAUGUCAGGGGCCCUUUGCCUAAGGAUAUCCCGGUGCCACUCUCUCACAGCGUGAAUGGGAAGAAUAAGCCAUGGGAGCCCUUCCUAGCUGAGGAAUUUGCACAUCAGUUUCACGAGUCUGUGCUGCAGUCCACACAGAAAGCAUUGCAGAAGCACAAAGGAAGUGCAGCAGCACUUACUGCAGAGCAGAACCACAAAAUUGACACCUCUAUCCAUUACAACAUUCCUGAGCUUCAGACCUCAAGCAGGGUCCAGCUGCCUCAACAGAACAGGCAGCAAGACACCCCACUGGCACGAAAGGGGCUCAUCCCACCCGAACAGGACAAGGAUUCUGACUCAGAGGGGGAGGAGGAGGAGGAGGAAGAGGAGGAGGAAGAGGAGUACCCUAGACCUAAAUGGCAGGGGAUCGAGGCAAUCUUCGAAGCUUACCAGGAACAUAUAGAAGAACAAAACCUGGAACGCCAAGUGUUGCAGACACAGUGCCGACGGCUGGAGGCUCAGCACUAUAGUCUCAGUCUGACUGCAGAGCAACUGUCACAAAGCCUGGCGGAACUAAGGAACCAGAAGCAGAAGAUUGUCUCGGAAAGGGAGCGACUUCAGGCCGAACUAGAUCACUUGAGAAAGUGCCUUGCGUUGCCUGCAAUGCAGUGGUCUAGGGGUUAUUUCAAGGGAUAUCCCAGGUGACAUUCCCUUGCACUAGGCUGAACAUAUAGUAUAGAAAUAAUAAUCUAUUUUAUUACCUUGAAUAUUUAAUAUUUUUCACUGGGAGGUUUGAAGCUAAAAUAUAAAUGGAGAAUGUGCCAUGCAUGGAGCAAAGGAUUAUGGGAUCCAGAAAAAAUACCCACCUGUAUCUUGACUUCAAUGCAACUGAAUCUUUGCAAUUCUGCAAGCAACCCACCCACGAAGGCUAGAUUUUGUUUAAUUUUAAUGAGGGGUGCUUUUUUUCCUCCUUCCCCUCCACUUUUUAAUUAUUUUUUUAAAAAUCUGAUAAGACUUCAUCAACAACACUAAUAGCCACCUCCCUGUAGAGGGGGUGCUGUCCACACACAAAAUCAUUCUUUUGUUGCCAUAUUAGUCCAACUACUGUACCAUGGGGUUUGCCUAUUCUUCAUUGGGAAGAUGGUGUCUCUCGUGUUAGAGGAAGCUGGGUACACUUUGGAAAGCAAAUGAACUGUGUAUCUCAGAUAUGGAAAGCUGUGGUAGUGAUCUGCAGAGUAACAAGUCCUGGAAGGAGCCAACACAGCUUCAGAACUUGAGCCUUUCCCUAAAUCAACAGGCUUUCCAAUGGAAAUGCACUUCGCUAUACAAAAUAAAGUGAAUAAACAAACCGAAGGUACCUUUUUAUUACUGUUUUGGGGGGUAGGGAGCGGAAUGUACAGAACAACAACAACAACACCACACACACACACCCCUAGAGAGAGAGAGAGACAAAUUACACACCCUAGUGGGUGAACUUUUCAUACAAACUCAAACGAUUUUGCAAUUAAAACAAAAAAACAAAGUCAAAAAAGGUGCUUCAGCCUUGUACUGUGUAUAUAUUUAAAAAGUUUUGUAUGUUUUUAUUACUUUAAUUAUUGUUAUAAAAAGCUUGCCAUUUUUAAUAUGUUUCUGCUUUUUUUUUUGGCAAAAUACCUUGCUUUUAGUGUUUGUACUGCUGCUGGUCAGGACAUGAAAAAUAUUGAAGUGUUUUAAAAGAAUUUAAAAAAAAAAAAAAAAAAGCUUUCCACUGGGGCAUGUGCUAUCACUUCUGUUUUUUGCUUUGUGUAGCAUCAGUUACUGGUACAGAAAAUUCUGUUACUAAAAGGCGAGGAAUUAAUUAUUCCUUACUGCCCUUUCACUGAUUUUUUUCCCCCCUUCAAGCACUUCAAAAGUUACAUUACAAAUAUGACCAGCUGCUACUAAAGGGAGUGGAAAAGUCUGUGUUGGGAACAAAAGUUCAGGAACUAAGUGAACUGUUUGGGUCUGUGAUUCAGCGUUACUGAUGUCUUUCAGCGCUCUGACAAGUAAUCUAGAAAAUGUUUUAAAUGGGGGGAGAGACUGCUUGUGUUAGCAAUGAGGUGUUAGAGAAGGACAGGAGAGGAAGCAGCGCAGACUGAGCUGAAUUUCCCGUCCUUUACUCACAUGAGAAACACCAGUGAGAAUAGGGAGGAGGAAGUAGAAAUUCUCCCAGCUUGCCCUGUCUCUUCCAGGUAGUUAUUCCUCAAUAACAGUUCUGUGAAGUAGGACCUCUUUCCCAAAGAGCUGGCUUGAAGUUCACUUUACAGUUCGGUUAGCCCUAACCUAGCUGAGCUCUAUUCCUUGUAAGCAGCGGGGGGGCAGCUGCUGGCAAAAUUCAGUCUUUUUGGAACAGUGCACAGGAAUUGAUUUUGUUUUUUAUUAAUUUCUUAGAUGGGUGAGGGAUACUGUGGGUAAUAGGCUUCUGCUUCCCCUACUUCCUAGCAGCUAGCAAUAGUGCAUUAGGUGUUUCCUCAUAUAGCCUUUGCUGUGCAUGUUUAUCAGGAAUAGUUCAUCUUAAACUAAGAUGAAGUGGCAGCAGGAGGAACAGCACUAACAGGCUUUUCAUUUUCAGCUGUAAAUUAGACAGGAAAGGCUAUAGGUGUACAUAUCCCAUUCCCCUCCUCAACAACUACUGUAGCUGUUCUGUAGCUGAGGGGAGGAGUCAUGGGACAGUUGAUGAGGGCAAAAGUAUCACAAACAUCUCUGAUCAAAAUCUACAUACUACUGUUGUCUCUAGACUUAGUUGGAGAGGUCUCCUUCAACAGCAGAUUUUAGAAGACACCUGUUCUGUUGGAACAGUGAAGCACUUGGCAUGGAAAAAGAGCCUCUAGUAAUCACAAUACACUCUAGACAAGGUUCAUGGCCGCCUGUCUCCAUGUUAUUUGCUUUAGGUUUCUUACAGUCCACACUUGAAAGGCAAGCUGUUUAAACUAUGUCUACAUUACACAGCUUUUAGCAACACAGCUGUGCCACUACAGCCCUACUGCUAAAAGGCACGCAGCGCAGUGCAGCCACUGUUUAGCAGCAGGAGCGAGCUCUCCCACUGACACAAACUUCCCCACCGAAUGAGCAGCAGUAGCUUUGUCGGUGGAAGAGCUCUCCUGCCAACGAAGUGCUGUUCACACCACCGCUUUUUGUCUGCAGAACUUUUUUGUCGUUUAGAGGUGUAAAAAAAACACACACAUACACAUCCUGAACGACAAAAGUUUUGUCGUUCAGUUUCCAGUGUAGACAAAGCCUGAGUCUAUUGCUGUUCUUCAGAAGAAACAUUCACGUUGCCCCCGGUACAUCUCAGGCAGGGCAAGGGUUGGCAUAUUGCAUUCCUAGAAGCUUUUGCACCUACAUGUUGUCAGAUGGCAGUGACAGCUACUUCACCUUCUUGCAUGGCUCAUGAUUGAGGGGCUAGCCAGAGCGAAACAAUGAGGGGAGAACAAAGAAAAGCAAUUCCAUGGACCACUAUUUAAGUAACGUCAACCUGUUGUUAGAUGCAGCAUGUAGAGGCUAUGAUUUUUCUUUAGCCAUAGCUCCUACAAACACGCAGUGCAACCCUACUACAGUUUCUACAUUGAAGGCUCUUUUUCCUCCUCCCCCCAGGAGUACCCCCAAGACAAUCAGAUUAAAUAAAUCUAAGGCUGUAAUGCAGCAUGAACAAGGAAAAGGACCAGAAAGGAAAGCUGGAACUAAUACCAAUUUUAAGCCAUGCAAUUCUACAUUUUUCCCCUUUUGUGCUGGUAUUUAGGGUAGUGCAAACAGCAAACCUCCAGCCUAUCUUGGGCCUGUUCCAUUUUGCAAAUGAAAGAAAAUAAAGCAGUCACUGACUAGUGUCAAUUUAGCUUUACCCCAAAAGCUGAAUGAUGAAUUGUAUGACUUCUCAUGUGUGAUUCUUCUUUUCUGGUGGACUGACACUAUUUCCCAUCUGGGAGAUUGAAGAUCAGACAAAACUACAACAACAUAUACAAUAGGAAGAACAGGAAAUAUUACACAGCACAGUUGGCUUCAGAGCUGAUUUAUGCCACUCUGGUUUCAAAGUAUUUACAUGAAGGAACUUCUGUCUUCCAUGACUAGCAAUGUCUUCACAGCAACAGGCCUCCAGUUUUCCUUUCACUCGGAGGGCAGAGAUCUUCUUUAAAGUGCCAUUAUGGGCAGGCAAGUGACUAGAAUACUAUGUGAUUUUUAAAGAUUUACUCUUAGUUGAUGCUUUUGUUAUCAGACUUGCCUAUUUUUACAACUUAAAGUGAGACUAUUUUUAAUGCCAAGGCAGGUUACUGCUAACCUGAAACUAAAGCCAUAGCUUUCCUCCUUCAUACACCUUCCACAGUCUUCUAGCAUCAGAAUUUAGUUAGCAAUGCUUCUGCUGAGGUAACUAGAAUUUAGCUUCUGGUGUUCUGUCUUGUAACUACUACACUACUGACAGCAGAAAAAAAAUGUGAGUGGGUACUAGGAGAUGAGCAGCUAUGACUCAGAAUACACCAAGCAGCAAUAUAAUCCUGUUUUUAGAGUCACUUUUCUAAUCAUAAUUGCAUUUUAAGUACUGGGGGCUUUUUUAAAUGAAUAGGGCUCCGUUUAAAGAAAGGAAGUUACCACUGCUUUGUGUUUAAGAGCUAUUGUUGCAUGUGCAAAAAGUGCAUUAAAAAAACAAACAAACCACACACAUUCUUGGUUUAACUUAUCUGUUUAAGAAGCAAAAGCACUUACAGCUGACACUUCUUUAAACCAGAUUGCAUAGCGAGCCUUUGGCCUACUACCUGCCAAUUCACAAACUUCAUGAUAAUUUUUAACACAGAAAAAUACACUUUAUGGUUAAAUCACUGUUUCCCCUCCCAGCCCAUGAUAAAAAAGUUCAGUCAGGUUAUCCAUCAAUUUCAAUACACUGGAAAGUGGGAGUUCACAAGCACACCACCAGAUGGCAAUGUUUAGGAGCCUGUUUGAAAAUGUUACUUUGCUUAGCAUCAAUUCCUGAACUUGAGUGUUGAUUCCACCCCCAUGCCUCACAUAGAAAGGAGCUAAUCAACUUCUUCACCCAGUGCUUAAAAAGUCUCAGUAAUACUCCCCACCCUCUCCCUUGCCCCAAGGGUCAUGUUGACUGGUUGUGUUUAUUUGUAUGUACCCUGUGCAGAAUUGCUAGAGCAGUAAAAACCAGAGCAUGGGAGGGAGAGGCAGAGGACAGAGGAAGCCCAGGCCUGCUGGGGGCAGUUUAGAUGCUGUGAAAGAAAAAUUAAACCUGUUCUAAGUGUACUUGUUUGAAUUAAUUGUAAUGUAAUAUAUUAUUUGUUGAAUGUAGUAAUUAGGUAUUUAUGAAUAUAUUGCUGUAAUUUCUGACAACAUCCAAAAAAUAAAAUUGUCCUAAAUCAUG